CACAAAGGGACCGGCAAAAUCUAAAACCGUAGAAUUCUGCCUUCCAUUGUAUAUGCUACAACAUCUGGAUCGUGUUCCGUUCCGAUUCAUUAACGGCGAAGGGAAGAUUUGUUCGUGAUUGCUAUUUGCGUUUUACCGCCAAAUCUUUGUUGCUAUCAACGAGCGUGUGCUUUCGAGAAACAGUCAAGGUUUUUACCACCAGGGACAUCAAUGCCGCCGUUUCUGUCUACCUCGAAGGUCGUUGAGUCAUUGAUUUCACGUAGAGGUGGUAUCAGACAUGCGAUUAAAUACGCAACGUGCAAUGCCGAGCCGUGGAAGUAUCGGAACGGUCGGCAUUUAAGGUGUAUUCCCGGUGUUGAGACCUCGUCGACUUAUAGACUGUUCGAUCAGAAUCGUAAGGUUUUUUCCGAGAGCUUCCGUGAUAUUAGGGCUGUACAAUCGAGGCGAUUUCUUGGCUGUGGAGACGGGGAAGAGGCCGGCGUUUUAUCCAAAAUUUAUGAGGAGAGGCGCGUAAUGGGGUAUUCUCCGGAACAGUUAUGUGACGUAGUUGCAGCUGUAGACUUGUAUCAUGAUUUUGUUCCUUGGUGCCAGCGGUCAGAGGUGCUCAAAACAUAUCCCGAUGGAUCCUUUGAUGCUGAACUGGAGAUUGGCUUUAAAUUUCUAGUUGAGAGUUACAUUUCACGUGUAGAGAUAAACAGACCAAAAUCUAUAAAGACUACAGUAUCUCAAAGCGCGCUUUUUGACCACUUGAUAAAUACUUGGGAGUUCAAUCCAGGACCAGUUCCAGGGACUUGCAACCUUUACUUUUUAGUAGAUUUUAAGUUCCAGUCGCCACUUUAUCGACAGGUGGCUUCAGUGUUCUUUAAGGAGGUCGUCUCAAAACUGGUUGGUUCAUUUAAUGACCGCUGCCGUUUGAUAUAUGGGCCAGGGGUUGCAGUCCUUGAAAAUUCAUAUAACCAAAGAGCUUAGAUUUGUUGAAGUUUUUCAUCAGAUGUAUCAUUUGAUUGAGGAGAUUUAACGAGAAUUAUGUUAGAAUGUCAAGACUCCUCAUAGAGAGCAGACAGGGGAGUAGGAAAAGUAUCAUAAAUUUGAUUGAUUUAUGCAUACCUUGUGGGUAAUUUGCGGCUUGCUUAGUUUGCUGCCCGUCAAAGGAUAUCUUAAUUAUUUGAAUGAAAUACAAGUCUUCUACGAACA